GAGGCGAAGUUCAUCUCGAACGAGCCUAUUACUUUCCACCAUAGCUUGCAACAAACAAGUAGAGAGUAAGCAGUGGGCGUGUGCAGUGCUUCAGCUUGCAGCCCCGGUGUCAGGAACUGUGUGUGACCGCCUGGCGAAGCUUGAUUUCGGGAAACGACUCGUUGCAAUGGACCGAUCCGUUACAGUGGAGCACUAUAAGGCAGCCAUGCUGCUGAGUGGUGUCGGUGAUGCUCUGGGAUACAGGAACCAGCUUUGGGAGUUCAAUAAGUCGGGACCAGCUAUUCAUCAGGAGCUGAAAGAGCUUGGCGGUCUGAAGAACAUAAAGGUUGAGCUCCCUGACUGGCCGGUAAGCGAUGACACAGUUCUGCAUCUGGCAACAGCUGAAGGACUGGCAACUGGGAAGGAGGGGGAGAAACUCCUGCAUGAGGUGGCUGCUCGAUAUGUGAAGGGGAUGAAAGACAUGGACGGGAGGGCACCAGGGAAUUCAACCAUUCUGGGAGUCUCCCUGUUGAAGCCAGGAAAGAAAGGGGGCUACAGAGUGCCCUAUAAUCCACGGGGGACGGGCUGUGGAGCAGCCAUGAGGUCUAUGUGCAUUGGCCUCAGGUAUCCAAAGCCUGACCAGCUGUUGUCAUUGGUGGCGGUUGCCGUGGAGACAGGCAGGAUGACCCAUCCUCAUCCCACUGGUUUCCUGGGAGCCGUAGCAUCAGCCCUUUUUACGGCCUAUGCUGUCCAGCACAGGCCAAUCACGACUUGGGGUCUGGGCCUGAUCAACGAGGCCUGUCCAAUAGCAAAGAGCUUUGUUCAGGGUCAAGGCUUUGCCGUGGAGGAGACAGAGAGAGACUGGUACUACUUCUGUGACAUGUGGCAGAGGUACCUGGAUUUGAGGGGCCUCUCUAGUGGGGUGGGGCCUGUGAUUUGGCCCUCUUCCUAUGGCCCAGCUGAGAGAGACGAAGCCUACAAAAGCUUCAGCCUGUGGGGCUGGGGGGGAGACAGCGGCCAUGAUGCUCCGAUGAUUGCGCUGGACGCCUUGCUGGGGGCGGGUUCAGACUGGGAGGAGCUGAUGAGCAGAGCAUGCUUCCAUGGAGGCGACAGUGACAGCACAGCAGUAAUUGCCUGCUGCUGCUGGGGUCUCCUUUACGGCACCCAGGGGGUCCCUGAAGGCAACUACUCCAACCUUGAGUACCAGGACCGACUGGAGCGCAGCGCCGAGCAACUCUACGCCCUGUCACACGCCCCGCCACAGCCUGCUGCUCAGUAUGUCCCGCACUGAGGGGAAACUAGGCCAAACAUUGAUGUAGAGCUAACUGGCACACUCGGUAGUACAUCAAUCUAGAGGGCUGUCACUGAGCCACAAAGUGUGGUGUCAUACUUGCCUGAAGGGGAAGCAGAGUGCCCCACUAACCCAAACAGUCAUUUCUGCCACAAGGACCAUGUGCCUCACGAGACUGGUGUAUAAAGAGGGUUCCCCCUAUUGACCAUUUUAAAUUAACAUGCAAAAUUGCACUGAGUGGAACAAAUCCAAGCUAAUGUGUAGAGAAUACAAAAAGUCCCCUAGGAGGUAAUUACUUUGUUUUGUCAGCCUGACAUAAUCGCAAAUGCUUAUCAAGCUUCAAAUUAAAUGUGCUCUUGUUAUUGUCUAAUAAAUAAUCAAUUCUGUCUCAUUAUAGCUGAUACUGUCACUUCAUGCAGUGCAGAGCAAAACUGUAACUAAUAGUCAUACAGCACAAUUAAUGAUGCAAUAAAUUAAACAAAGCUUA